AUGUCUGACGAUCUACUAGUCUCAAAUUUGUUCUCAGUGAAGGAUAAAGUAGCGUUAAUUACAGGUGGAGGCUCCGGAAUUGGUAAAAUGAUUGCAAAAGCAUUCGUAAAGAAUGGUGCGAUAGUUUAUAUCGCUUCAAGGAAUAAAACAGGUGUUUCAAGGGACAAAUCAAGCCUUGAUGAUGUUGCAAAGGAAUUAACAGAAAUGGGUCCCGGAAAAUGUUUUAGUAUUGAAGCAAAUUUAGAUUCAAAAGAUGCAUGCGAGAAAUUGGUUACUGAUUUCAAAAAUUUAGGAAAUGAUAAACUUGAUAUUCUUGUGAAUAAUUCUGCUACUGGGCAUGAUGCUGGUUUGACAGAUUUUCCCGAGGAUGCGUGGGAUAAAAUCUAUAACCUAAAUGUUAAAUGCGUUUUCUAUUUAACGAUGGCGGUUUAUAUAUAUACUAGCUUUUUACCAUUACUCGAAAAGGCCAGUAAAAAAUUGGUUGAUCCAUCAAGGGUUAUCAUAACCGGAAGCAUUCUUGGUAUUGGUCAAGGCGAGCUCAAAGUAGUGCAAGCACUUGGAAUAUGUACCCUAGCUUAUGGUUCAUCCAAAUCUGCCGUACAUAGCGUUUCUAAGAAUUUAGCUGUGUAUCUUACCCCACGAGGAAUAAAUGUCAAUGUCUUGGCUCCUGGUAAUGUUCCCGUGUCGACUAGAAUAGCUGAACUUGAUGAAAUCGGUAUUAGUGAAAUUCCUCAAGGUCGUGUUGGAGGUGAGUUAGACAUGGCUGGAGCGGCGUUAUACUUAGCUUCGCGUGCUAGUAGUUGGAUAUCUGGCAUUGAGCUUGUAGUCGAUGGUGGAAAUCUCUUACAAUUUAAAUUAACGGAUGUACAAAAA